AUGGAUUUAAACCAGCAACACGAGGAACAGCAAGGGGAUUCAGACGACCUGCACUAUCUCGCCUCAACAUUGAACCUCGAUCCGUCUUCGCGAACCUUAUCGUGGAGUAAUGAUCGCCAGGCGCCCACACCCAGCGGCGCCUCUCGCCCUUCUCUGUUCUCAUCCGCCUCUGGAUCUCUGUUCUCGUCCGGCCCGUCGGCCUCUGCACAGCUCACGGUAGACGCAGGGAGAGCGGCUUCUCAGCCAGUGUCGCCUCCAGAUGGAUCACGUCCCACAGCCGGCCGUGCCAGCGCCUCUCCCAACAACAGCAGGCGGACUGCUCGGUUUGACGAUGACCGGCCCUCGAUCAUACCUGCCAACACUACAUCGAUCUCACGAGCUGAGAAAGAUGUGGAUGACCCAAAUGCUCCAAGUGACGGAAGAAGGUCACUGGAAAGAAGAGAACACACUACCUUGACCACCCUUAGCCGACUGUUUGCUGCUCAGGCCUCUCUGAACUCCCCAGACCCAUCAAGGACGUCUUCACACAACUAUGCCGUUAGCUCAUUAGCUAGAAGAUCCUCCGAAGGCGCUACACUCCCCGAUCACCUCUACACCCGCGGACUGCUCGCUGGUCGUCAUUCGGACAUCACCGUCAUUGCGUUCGACCACAAGUACAGGCUACAUCGGCUGCUGCUUGACAGGGCACCGUUCUUCACGACAGCCUUGUCCGAGCCAUGGCUCGAAAGUCAGGCGAAGGAGGUCACGCUGCAUCCGGAGGAGAUCGACUCGACCAUCACACAGAACGCAUUCGAACUUGCCAUCAAGCGGCUGUACGGAUGUGACAUCGCUGCUGAGGAAGACGCCGAGGCCAUUGGAUUGUUUGCCACUGGAUGCUGGCUUGAAAUGCAGGAUCUCAUUGACUCGAGUAUUGAUGCCAUUCUGCGUCAGAUGAGCCCGCAGACCUUGUCGCCUCUCGUCAAGUUGGUCACAACAAAUUACUACGGCAGAGCCGGCGAGCGGAUUCUUGCCUCGGCCAAAGCCAUGCUCUGCCGAGACGGCUGGGAAAUGCCUCUGAAGUACUGGGACGACAUACCAGGUGAUACCAUCCGGGAGAUCGUAGGUGGUGACGGCUUCUUCAUCGACAGCGAGUGGGAUCGCUGGGUGCUUGCGAAACGGCUUCUGGACCGCCGCCUCAGACAGAAGGCUGUCGAAGCAGGGCUGAUCGAGCCUGGCAAAAAGAGCAAGAUCCGGGUUCCAGACAUGCUGGGACUCAUGGCAGUCAGGUUUGACACGGUGUACCGCAGAAACGCCGUGGGCUUCGGUCUAGCGACUCCGGACAGCCAUCAUCGCUGGCUAGCUCUCUACACGCACCCAGAGAUCGAGCCGUUGCUGGUAUUGCUGGAUGAAGGCAUCCACUAUGUCCAUCUCGAUUUUGAGCAGCUACAGUACAUUCGUCAGGCACGUGACAUCCUGGGACUUCCUGUAAUGCCGGAACCGGUUAUAACGAAUGCGCUGUGGCAGCAAAUCGAAUUACGACAAAGGGUUGUGAACGCCCGUGACCUCGACUUGGAGCUAGGCCUUAGCAAAGUCGCUGAAGAGCCUGCAACGACGACGAACGCCCGCGACAGCAGCCAGUCUGCGAAGGCUAGUAGCCCGCAAUCGGCAAAGGGCAAGCAGAAGAUGGCGGACACGGUACCAGAGGAAGAGGAAGAUGACAUGGAGUCCGGCAGUUGGGACGCAAACGGAAAGCCACGCAAAUUCUGGAUCCCAAGUACCGAUUGCAACAUCGUCAUGGGCGGCACCGCCGAGCCAGUCGUCACAACCUCGAAUGCCUUCCAACGCCACGCCUCCCGUCUAUCCGCCACACUACAGCCCGAAGACGUGCAAUGGGCGAUGGACUUCGGCACCUCUCCCUCCACCACCGACACAGGCGUGGCCCGCACCUCGACAACCGCGCGCCCCAACUCCUCCAGCGGCUCCACUAUUCCCCUUAAGCCCAUCGCCUACACCCACUUCCCGCCCUUCCGCUUCUCUGCCGAGUUCCCGAACCCCCGCCUUAUCAAAGAGAAAAAGCGCGUCUACUCCCGCACGGUCUUCUACGCCGGCUCCCUCUGGAACAUCUACAUCCAGAAAGUCCGCUCGGCCAAGAACCCCCAGCUAGGCGUCUACCUACACCGCGCCAAGGAGCGCGAGGCCGAAGACGUCAUUGCUGGCUCCGCUGGUGGCCUCGCUCAGGGCACCGUGGAUGAGCGCAUCGGGCUGCUCGAGCGCGAGAUGCUGCUCCGUAGCGAGCGGCGCGAGAGGAGGCGUGGAAGGGGCGUCAGGCCGGAGCAGACGGAUGCGGGACUUGGCGCGGAGGACGACACGUCCGGCAGCGGCGGCGACCCGGACGCGACGCUCGUGUCGACGGGGUCGGCGGGCUCGGCGUCCAGGCCUAGCCUCCUGAGCCGGCGCUUCCAGCAAAGGGCAGCCUCGGCGUCGGACGUCACGCUGCCGGCGCGGCUGUCGAACGUGAAUACAGGCGCACCAUCGGCAGGCAACACGAGCGGCAUGCUCAACUUCCCUAACUUCUCGGACUCGGACGCCGAGGACGGGUCCGGCGACGAGAACACCGGCGGCGGCUCCGACCGUCCCCGCGGCCAGCCUCACCCCAGCGUGAAAACCCUCCCCGCCUACGUCGACGCCCGGCCGACCAUAAAGACCUACUUCAAGAUCUACUCGCCCUCAAAGGGCGGGCGUCUGCUGUCCGUGUACGAGUCCGCGCCGGACAGGUUCAACUUCAGCCAGAGCUGGGGCUGGAAGAGCAGCACGCUGAUGCUGGAGGACGCCACACCUGGCGCGGGCGGGGAGGGGGACAAGGGGAUGGAGGGGAUGUUGGGACAGGGGAAGAGGAAGGAGGGGCGGCUGAGGUUUAUGGUUGUUAUUGGAAACCUGUGA